CUGGAGUUUGUGCAGAUUCUCAUCAUAGUGGUUGUAAUGAUGGUGAUGGUGGUGGUCAUCACAUGCCUGCUGAGCCACUACAAACUGUCCGCACGCUCGCUCAUCAGCCGGCAGAGCCAGGGCCGUCGGAGGGAAGAUGCGCUCUCCUCGGAAGGCUGCCUCUGGCCCUCGGAGAGCACAGUGUCGGGCAACGGGAUCGCAGAGCCGCAGAUCUACGCCCCACCACGGCCCUCCGACCGCCUGACCGUACCCCCCUUCACCCAGCGAGACCGUUUCCACCGCUUCCAGCCCACCUACCCAUACCUGCAGCAUGAAAUCGAUCUGCCACCCACCAUCUCACUCUCGGACGGCGAGGAGCCCCCGCCCUAUCAGGGCCCCUGCACCCUACAGCUGCGGGACCCCGAGCAACAGCUGGAGCUGAACCGCGAGUCGGUGCGUGCGCCCCCAAACAGAACCAUCUUUGACAGUGACCUUAUGGACAGCAGCCUGCUGGGAGGCCCCUGCCCCCCCAGCAGUAACUCGGGCAUCAGUGCCACAUGCUACGGCAGCGGCGGGCGGAUGGAGGGGCCGCCCCCCACCUACAGUGAGGUCAUCGGGCACUACCCCGGGUCUGCCUCCUUCCAGCACCAACAAGGCAGUGGGCCACCCUCCCUGCUGGAGGGCACCCAGCUCCACCCUGCACACAUCUCGCACCUGGAGAGCCCAACCGUCUGGAGCAAGGAGAAGGAUAAACAAAAAGGGCAUCCUCUUUAG